GGAGCCUAACUGGACACCCCAGCCACACACAUACAGACAACUAUUCCCUUUUAUUAUGUGUAUAGAUGGUGAUAAAGGUAUUGAGUAGAGCAAUAAGAGCAAAGGAGUCUAUAUAAAAGACCAGAGUUAUAAAUUAAAAGCAUUUGGAAAUUAUUUGGUGAUAUUUUAGAAGAUCCUUUGUACACAGGCAGGAGAUUGAAAUAUAAGCUGAAAAAAUUCGGAAAGAUGUCAGAUGUCACAAUUUAGAAUUAAUAGGAAAAAUGUAUUUGCACAUGAUUUGGUGAUAUUUUUACAAAAUCCUUUAUAUAGAGGAGCCAAGAGUAUAAUGCAGCAGCAAAAAAAAAAACAAUCAAAUUCUGAGUUGCAUCAAGAGGAGUCUAGUGUCCAGAUCAAGGGAAGUCAUUGUCCUACUUUCUUCUGCAUUGGUCAGAUCUUCCCUAGAAUAACUCUUAGUCCAGUUUUGGGCCAAACAAUUCAUGAAGGAGAUGGACAAGAUGGAAGGAGAUGGGCAAGAUGGAGAUGGACAAGAUGGAAGGUGUCCAGAGAAGAGUAACCUAAUGGUCAAAGGUCUGGAAACCAUGAAUCCCUCUGAGGAACUGCUGAGAAAGCUGGAGAUGUUUAGACUUGAGAAGAAAAGGUUCAGAGAGAACAUAUGUUUAAAUAUUUUGAAGGAUGUCAUAUUGAAAAUGGACCCUGCUUGUUUUCUGCUGCUCCAGAUACUUGGACACAAUGGAGCAAAGGAAACUCAUACCUUGCACCAACUGCCCACUUUUUCUCUCCCUAGUUCCAACCCAAAGAAACGUGAGGAUGCCUUACCUUCUAAACAGCAUCUGCACCAUCAGUGGAGUCUUCUACAAGUAUGCCAAACGGCAUGGGGAUAGCUCUAUCCUGACUAAGAGGGAGAUGAAGAGACUUAUCCUGGAGGAGUUUGCCGAUGUGAUAGAGAAUCCUCGUGAUCGCAAAACCGUUGAGCUGACCUUCCAGAUGUUGGACACCAAUGGUGAUGGCUUGGUGGACUUCAACGAGUACCUGCUUCUCAUCCUCAAAGUGGCCGAGGCAUGCUAUAGUCACCUGAAGCCAAGUGAAGACCUCCUUGAGAAAACAGAAAGAAGCACAGCUGAGUGUGGAGGAGAACAACGAAGAAACAACAGGAACCAAGUAGAGGACAAUGCAAGGACAGGAAGAAGCAUCCGUGAGCGAGGAGAUUCUGGUCAGAGAUAUCAUCCUCCAACAGAAGGCACUGAACGAGGGCAAGAGAGAAGAAAUUAUCAUCCACUGGAGCCAGAGGCACCAGUGGAUGAAAGAAGUCACCAAGAUCUUGAAAGGAGAGAUCAUCGUGGGAGAGAUCGUCCAUCCCAUGAGCCCCAGGAAGAUGAAGAUGGCCAAAUAUACUGGUAUGGACAACAACAAAAGACUGAAGAAUGGUAUCAUCAAAUAAGACAAAGGGAUCCACUAGCUGAAGAUAAUUGUCCACGCCGGUCACAGGAUCUCCUCUCAAGAAGACAACAUGAUGAAAGACAACACCAAGAAGUGAGAACUGGAAGGAGGGGAAAUUAUCCAGAAGAUGUGGAAACACAAUAUGAAAUUGGACCCCAUGAUAUCGAAGGACGCGUAAAUGAUGAGCAAUGGGAUCAAAUUUGUGAGCAUGAUCCACUGGGUGAAUAUGACUCAUUACCCAGAGAAGAUAAAAGAAGAACUCAGCUAAAUGGUUCAGAAUGGGAGCAGAGGAGAAACGAGACACAUGAGAGAGAACCCAGGGCCAGACCUAGUGAUCCUGAAUGGAGAGGAGGGCGUAGAGCAGACGGACAAGGUGAGCCUGAAUUAAGGGACACUGAGAGGAGGAGAUCCUCCACUCGUGAUCAAGAUGGGUGGACCCAAUCUUGUCAAUCAAUAAGAAGAGAAGAAGCAGAGGACCAUCAAUGGUCAGAGAGCAGAGAGAGAGAACAGAGUAGGAGCCAUUCACAUGAGCCUGAACCCGUGGAGAGUGAGAGGAGACCUCUCCAUUCUCAUGAGUCUGAGACCAGAGGUAGUGAGAGGAGAAGACCUCAAUGGCAUGAAGGAGAGGACAUAAGAAGGCAGCAGCACCACCAGAAUGAAGUAAUUGAAAGGAGGGGGCCCAGACCACUUGAGUCUGAAUCUGCUCACUGUGAGCACAACAGGCCUCUGAUACACGGACAAGAGGACAAUAAACCAAGAGAGCAAUAUUAUGAAGAAUCCCACAGAAGGCAAAGUCAAUGGAGAGGGACCCAGCUACAGGAUCCUGAUGCCAAGGAGAGUGACAGAAGAAAAUCCCAACAACAUGACAGAAGUUAUGAGAGGGAGAGAUCCCAGCUAACAGAGCCCCAGACCAGACGCUCAGACCAAGACAGGUCCUGUGCCUCAGAUGGAAGUCCAAGAGAUCACUAUCAGAAGAGGCAACAGAGUGACAGGCCAACAAUAACACAACAAAGGAAUAGUGAUCAGAGAAACCACGAGGCAAAUAGGGGUGUCCAGAGGCAAGAGUGGAGAUAUGAGGUUGACCCAAGAUAUGGUGGAUUACAAAGAAAUUCCCCCAGACUUCACAUCUACAUUGAUGAUUUUGGCCAAAGGCACAGAGAUGACCAAAGAGAUUAUGAACAGAGAUGGAGAUCCCCUCCAUUUGUCACUUCUAAUAGAGAUGUUGAGUGGAGAAGAAGAGAGGCUCGUGAUGUUAACCCAAGAGAUAGUGAUCAGCAGAUGACAACUCCCUUCUGUGAUACUUUUUCUAGAGAUGUUGACCGAAUGCAAACCCAGGAACGUUGGCUUGAUGCAAGAGAUGGUGAACAACAGAAGAGAACUUCUCCUGAGAACAGAGAUUUUGAUCAGAGACAAACACAGAUACGAGACUUUGACAGAAGUCGUGAUGAACAGCAAAGGAGACAAUCAAAUUCUUUUGACACAAGACAUGGUCAACAGGAAAGGAGAUUUCCCUCUCACAAUAUUGAAGACAACACUGAUAACCAGAGAAGAGGGCAAACACAUGAGUUUGACCCAAGAGAAGGUAAUCAUCAGGGGAGAUCUUCCUCACACAAUACUUGUGAUGCUGAAAUUAACCAGGAGCAACCAAGGACAUAUGAUGUUAAUCCAAGAUAUGAAGAGCAGGAGAGAGGAACCCCUACACAUGAUGCUGAGGGUAGAAACGUUAACCAGAGAAGAAUGCAGACACAAAACAUUGGAUCAAGGGAUAUUAAACAGCACAGCAGAUUCCCUUAUGAUAGAGAUGUUCUCCAGAGAAGAACUCACAUCCAAGUUGACGUUGACCCAAGAAGUGGUGAACAACAGAAGGAAAGAAUUUCAUGUAACACUUAUGGUACAGGUACUGAUCAAAGACAGUCAAGGAUACACAACACUGAUAUAAGGAAUGAAGAGGAAGAGAGCAGGAACCCUUCACAAGAUCUUUAUGAUAUUGAUACUGACCAGGUUGGUCAACGAGAUAAUGAACAACAGAGGAGAACCAACUCUGAGGACAGGGAUGUUGAUCAAAGAAGAAACUGGGUAUGCUACAUUGACUCAAGAGAUGAAGGACCAUGGAGAAGAUCCUCUUCACAUGGUGCUAGAGGUGUUGAUGAUAGAAAAACUCAGACCCAUGAAGAUGACCAAAGAGAUGAACAACAGAGGUGGACCACUUCACAUGACAGCUGUGCUACAGAUGUUGAUCAAAGGCAGUCAAGACCCCAUGCUGUUGACCCAAGAGAUGUAGAUCAGGACAGGAGAGAUAUUUUCCAUGAUAUUGGGAGUAGAGAUGUUGACCAUAGAAGAAUCCAGACAUUCGAUGCAAAGAAUGGUGAGCAGCAGAGAAGAACCCGUUCACAUACUUAUACUACAGAUAUUGAGCAGAGACAACCAAUAACGUAUGAUGUUGACCAAAGACAGCAACGGGGGAGAAUUUCCACGUGUGAUGGUAGAGAGAUUAACCAAAGAAGGACCCAGAUACAUGAGAAUGACCCAAGAGAUGGUGAGCAGCAAAGGAAUAACACUUCACAUGCCACUUUGGAUAGAGAUUUUGACCAGAGAAGAACACAAGGGAUUAACAGAAGGAAUGAUGGACGGCAAAGACAGAGUAUUUCAUGUUGCCUUGAUGGUAGACAAAUAGACCAGAGGAGAACCCAAAGACAUGAAAUUGACUCAAAGGAUGGUGAAGAGCAGAGGCAACCCCCUUCACGUGCAAGAGAUGUUGAUCAGAGAGGAACACAUGAGGUUGACCCAAGAGAUGGUGGACAACAGAGGAGAACACCUUCAUGUGAUCCAUAUGUUAGAAAUGUUGACCAGAGACAAGCCCAGGUACAUGAAGAUGACCCAAGAGAUGCUGAACAUCACAGAUGGUCUCAACCACAAGACACUGAACGAAGGACUAGUGAGCAGAAGGGAGCCCACGCUCCUGACACUGACACAAGGGAUCAAAGGGAAAACAAGCCAAGAGAAGAUGAACAGCCAAAGAGGACAACUUCACACAACGUUGAAAGAACUCGUGAUCAAAGGGGAACCCAGAUACAUGAGGUUGGCCUACUGGAUGACAACCGGCGACAGAGAAACUCGUUAUGUGGUAUUGAUGUUACAGACAGGAGAACACAGAUAAAUGAAGGUGAUCAAAGAGAUGAAAAAGAAACAAGGAGAACAUCUGAUGUUAGAGAUGCAGACCGGAGGCAAGCCCAAAGACCUGAGGUUAAACCAAGGCCUGGAGAAGAGCAGAGGCAAGUUCAACCGUGUGAGACUUCCGUAAGGGAAGAUGAAGAAAAGCCAACCCAGACACCCAAUGUUGACCCAAGAAAUGAUGGACAAGAGAGGCAAGUACCAUCAGGUAGACCUAAACAAAGAGAAAGGGAGCAGAGACAAAUCCAAACACAUGAGAUCGAUGCAAAUGAACCAAAGGAAACUGAGUCAUGUGGCAGUGAUCCAAGGGAACAACAAAGGAGAAAUCUAUCACGUGACCCUAGGACUCAAGAUUCUAACCAAAGAUCCACAAAGCCAUCUGAGGUGGAUCCAAGAGACCCUGAGAAGCUCAGCGAUAUCCAAGUAAGGAAAGGUGGCCAGAGGAGGACAACCCAGAGCAAUAAGGUUGACUCAAGGGAUGGUCAACAUCAGAGAUGGUCAAGAAACACAAAUGAAAGGUCCACUGACCAAAUAACACGAACCCAGCCUGGUGACACUGAUGUAUGGGUUACAGAGAAGGGUGCAACCCAUGAGUCCGGAUUUAGGGACCGUAUUCGGAAGAGACAAGGUGACACUGAUGUAUGGGUUACCGAGGAGGAGGCAACCCAUGAGUCUGGAUCUGGGGACCGUAUUCAGAAGAGACAAAGUGACACUGAUGUAUGGAUUACCGAGAAGGGGGCAACCCAUGAAUCUGGAUUUAGGGACUGUAUUCGGAAGAGACAAGGUGACACUGAAGUAUGGGUUACGGAGGAGGAAACCCAUGAGUCUGGAUCUAGGGACCGUAUUCGGAAGAGACAAGGUGACACUGAUGUAUGGAUUACGGAGAAGGGGGCAACCCAUGAAUCUGGAUUUAGGGACCAUAUUCGGAAGAGACAAGGUGACACUGAAGUAUGGGUUACAGAGGAGGAAACCCAUGAGUCUGGAUCUGGGGACCGUAUUCAGAAGAGACAAGGUGACACUGAUGUAUGGAUUACGGAGAAGGGGGCAACCCAUGAAUCUGGAUUUAGGGACUGUAUUCGGAAGAGACAAGGUGACACUGAAGUAUGGGUUACGGAUGAGGAAACCCAUGAGUCUGGAUCUAGGGACCGUAUUCGGAAGAGACAAGGUGACACUGAUGUAUGGAUUACGGAGAAGGGGGCAACCCAUGAAUCUGGAUUUAGGGACUGUAUUCGGAAGAGACAAGGUGACACUGAAGUAUGGGUUACGGAGGAGGAACCCCAUGAGUCUGGAUCUGGGGACCGUAUUCGGAAGAGACAAGGUGACACUGAUGUAUGGAUUACGGAGAAGGGGGCAACCCAUGAAUCUGGAUCUAGGGACUGUAUUCGGAAGAGACAAGGUGACACUGAUGUAUGGGUUACGGAGGAGGAAACCCAUGAGUCUGGAUCUAGGGACCGUAUUCGGAAGAGACAAGGUGACACUGAUGUAUGGAUUACGGAGAAGGGUGCAACCCAUGAGUCUGGAUCUAGGGACUGUAUUCGGAAGAGACAAGGUGACACUGAUGUAUGGGUUACAGAGAAGGGUGCAACCCAUGAGUCCGGAUUUAGGGACCAUAUUCGGAAGAGACAAGGUGACACUGAUGUAUGGGUUACGGAGGAGGAGGCAACCCAUGAGUCUGGAUCUGGGGACCGUAUUCAGAAGAGACAAGGUGACACUGAUGUAUGGAUUACCGAGAAGGGGGCAACCCAUGAAUCUGGAUUUAGGGACUGUAUUCGGAAGAGACAAGGUGACACUGAAGUAUGGGUUACGGAGGAGGAAACCCAUGAGUCUGGAUCUAGGGACCGUAUUCGGAAGAGACAAGGUGACACUGAUGUAUGGAUUACGGAGAAGGGGGCAACCCAUGAAUCUGGAUUUAGGGACCAUAUUCGGAAGAGACAAGGUGACACUGAUGUAUGGGUUACAGAGGAGGAAACCCAUGAGUCUGGAUCUAGGGACCGUAUUCGGAAGAGACAAGGUGACACUGAUGUAUGGAUUACCGAGAAGGGGGCAACCCAUGAGUCUGGAUUUAGGGAUCCUAUUCGGAAGAGACAAGGUGACACUGAUGUAUGGGUUACGGAGGAGGAGGCAACCCAUGAGUCUGGAUCUAGGGAUCGUAUUCGGAAGAGACAAGGUGACACUGAUGUAUGGAUUACCGAGAAGGGUGCAACCCAUGAGUCUGGAUCUAGGGACUGUAUUCGGAAGAGACAAGGUGACACUGAUGUAUGGAUUAGCGAGAAGGGGGCAACCCAUGAGUCUGGAUUUAGGGACUGUAUUCGGAAGAGACAAGGUGACACUGAUGUAUGGGUUACGGAGGAGGAGGCAACCCAUGAGUCUGGAUCUAGGGAUCGUAUUCAGAAAAGACAAGGUGACACUGAUGUAUGGGUUACGGAGGAGGAGGCAACCCAUGAGUCUGGAUCUAGGGACCGUAUUCGGAAGAGACAAGAUAACAAUGAUGUAUGGAUUACCGAGAAAGGGGCAACCCAUGAGUCUGGAUUUAGGGACCAUAUUCGGAAGAGACAAGGUGACACUGAUGUAUGGGUUACAGAGGAGGAAGAAACCCAUGAGUCUGGAUCUAGGGAUCGUAUUCGGAAGAGACAAGGUGACACUGAUGUAUGGAUUACCGAGAAGGGGGCAACCCAUGAGUCUGGAUUUAGGGACCAUAUUCGGAAGAGACAUGGUGACACUGAAGUAUGGGUUACGGAGGAGGAGGCAACCCAUGAGUCUGGAUCUAGGGACCGUAUUCAGAAGAGACAAGGUCAACAAGCAUCUCAGCCUGAUCAAUCUGGUCACGUCCAGCAGGAAGGUGAGGUCGCACCCAAAAGACGAGAGAUGAGGACACAGCAGAAACUAGAGCUUGGGGCCACCAGAGAUAAGACAGCUCCCUCCUUGCCUUGUGGCCCUCAGACCAUUGAGGGAAGCACAGGGCGGGAACCCAACUCAGGUGCCAGAAGAGUGGAUGAGCCUGAAGCAACUCAACCUGCAGAUGGAGAGCCACCUGGUACCCUGGAGGAACAGGAACCAGUGGUUCAGGAAGGAGAUAGCAACACCCCUGGCCCAAGGGAGCAGCCAUCAGAGGAGGACAAUGGAGAACCUCAGCCACCAUUGGAGGAAGGAGAAGAGAGCCAACUUGACACAGAACGGCCACAGCAUGGAGCUGAGAAAAUCCCUGGAUCACAAGAGCUUGACACCUCUCAAGGGAAGCCCAGUUUCGUGUGUGAAAAAGUUCCUCCUGUGUGCAACCCACUCUAUGAGUACCUCCUGGCUCAGAAGAAGGAAAAACCCUAA